UUCAACCGUAUCGAACGGAAUUAGGGACCGGAACAUUUCGAAGCGCGCCGAAGCUAUGGGGCGGGUGUGCGUGGACAGACAGUUGUAGGCCUUGUAGUACUGCCGUCAACACCGUUCGCGUUCUGCGGCCUGUGUGAACUUUGGUCUCCACACGCGCUGCUCCGGUUAGUUGGGGUAUAAUUCGUGGCACGCUGCGGCGAAUGAGUUCCUGCCGCCGCUGACGCUGGAUUACUUCGCGCAUAGUUCAGUGAAAAAGGGAAGCACGUGAACAAGAACGAAUACAGAUGGUUGGCCGGCCGAUACUCAUGCUCAUGAUUUCGAUGAUGAUGGUGAUGAAUAAAGAGAAAUGAAGCAUAAAACGAUAGCAUAAAAAAGAGGUUUUGCGUUGGUAUGUUGUCUAGCGCGAGUGCCGCGGCCGGAAGUGGACCGUCGUCUGCGAAGUGUGAUGGCAGCUGGCAAUGGCCCUGACGUUAAUCACCGUUCGUUCGAGGGUUUACGAUGUUUUUUUUUUCUGCGCGUGCCAGUGAAGAGCAAAUAAGGUGCAGAUGAAAAGUUUUGUUUGCUUUUUUGGCGGGUUUAUUUUGCGUGUGGUUUCGUGGUAGUCCAGGCGGGACUUGACUGAAAUAUGUUCGCACAUUGUGGUGAUGUGGUCGAGGGCGAAUAGCCCGUUCGGUUGCGCUUUUGAAGCCGGAGGAAUGUAAUUUGAAGCUUAAAAUUGAACAGAAAGCGGACGCUCGGCAGAAAAAAAAUCGCACCCCAGCACUAUGCAUCAUUGGUUUCUACUGGAUUCUGUGGUGGAUGGCAAUAAAAAAGGAUGAAUGUGGGUGGUUCGACCGAUUGGCAUGCCCACUGACCGUGGAUCACAGAGCAUUGGACCCGGGGGCGCACGUGUUGGGCUACGAGCUUCGAAGCGAGUUCUUUUGUGUGGAAUAAUCCGGAAAAUCCGGGGGUGAAAUAAUCGGAAUUGCAACGGGAGUGCCGCCCAGCAUCCCCCUCAUGUUCAGAUGUACAGUGUUACAAAUGAACAGUCACAGAGUCUCUGAUGGAUGGUAAAGUGUUGAAUCAGCUCGACCGUGGUUGGUUUGGAGAGAAAGAAGAGUGCGUGGAAAACAUUUUUAAUUAAAAAUUUGAAGGACGCUUUGGCGAGGGAUGCCGUUCGAGUAGGAAUUACUGGUUCCGAUAUUGGAAUAGCAAGGGCUGAUUGCUUCAGCUAGACUUCGCUAAUCAGAACAAACUGGAUCCCUCGAGUGAUAAAGUGUAGCUUUCAAAGUGCAAGAAACAGUAUCAAUUUCUAGGGAGAAGAAAAACAACACCCAAUAACCGGCAACGGCUCACGACCCCCAGGACUUCUGAACGAAACCGAACGAUACCCCGAGAUGGAGGGUAAUCUAAGAAAAGUGAAAGAAUAGAAAAUGUGUCAAUAAAGUGUGAAACUUUCCUUCGCAUGUUUUGUUUCAUGCCAUUCCAUUUCCUAGGACCCAUCGUGCGCGAAGGAUCCCAGCUGUCUUUGGGUGAGAAAAUUUAAGCAAAGCUUGCCUACUGCCACUGGAGAUGAACGAGUUCGGCGUCGCGUCUAUGGUGGGCUGCCGCGUUGUUAGUUCAGGCAACUAAAACAGCAAAGCGAAACGAAAGAGUAUCGCAAAAUAAAUAGAAGGGAUCCUUUCGCCUUGCCGCUGCUAGGAGGGUCGAAUACGUGGUUGGAAUUACAAAAUAGUGAUCGUUCGCAUGACGGCGCAGAGGGUGGCGAGGCCUAGGACGCUGACGAUGACAAGUGGAAACAGGACGGGGAGCGGGAGGAUGACAACCACGACCAAACGAAAAUCGGUGGCCACCGGAGCCGGAUUGCUGCUGCUCUGGCUUGGACAGUUGGCCGUGCUGGUGAAUGGAAGCUCAGACUCCCGGAACGAGCAGGAGCCAAAACCGAGCUUUGCCAGCCCCAUAGAAAAUGUGACAGUUCCUAUCGGUAGAGAAGCUACGUUAAGUUGUGUUGUACAAAAUUUAGGUGCCUAUAAGGUUGGAUGGAUGCGUGCUUCCGAUCAGACCGUGCUGGCCCUGCAGGGUCGCGUCGUAACACACAAUUCACGCUACAGCGUGACCCAGGAGGAGUCGAACGUGUGGCGGCUGAAGAUCCGAAACGUGCGGGAAUCGGACCGCGGUUGCUACAUGUGUCAAAUCAACGCAACGCCACUGCAGAAGCAAGUGGGCUGCGUCGACGUGCAGCUGCCGCCGGAUAUUUCGGACGAGCAGUCCUCGUCGGAUAUGACGGUUCGCGAGGGAGGCAACGUGACAUUCUUCUGCAAAGCGACCGGUCAUCCGACCCCGAAGGUGACUUGGAGGCGCGACGAUGGCAGUCCGCUAUAUCAGCAGCGAAACGGAACCGAGCUGCGACGAGAAAUCAAACGGCCAACAACUACCACCACCACGACCACAACGACGACAACAACCACGACCACGACGCCGGAGCCACCCACGACGAUGCCACCGGAGCGGAGGACCACUCUUAUGGGACACAGAACACCGGACGUGGUGCAGCAUCCCCCGACCGACUUCAUCAUCGAGUACAUCACCAACCCGCCGGUGUACGUUGAGUAUGGACCCAAUGGGGAGCCGUACUUCAACCACUACCCGCAGCUGACGGCGUACUCCAAGUCUUCCCGGCGAACCACGGGGUCACGGAGCCAACCCGAUGAAAUGCCACAGCUUGCUGAAAUACCGAAACAGGUGCAGGAGCUGUUCACAGUAGUUGAAAAAUUGAGCCAGAAAAUUGAUAAUUUUGCUGGUCAAUCAAUUAAACCGUACAAAUCAAUUCCUGUUUCCUCGCCGUCGGCUUGGCCAAGGCUUGGUAUUAAACGCCGCCGAGAUGACCGUAGGCUGGAUGAAUGCACUGCUGCUGUGAGCGGAACGAAAAGUAUUGAUCUUAGCGAAUUUCAACUUUCCGUGCCAUCUAUUAUGCAAGCCGCCAAACCGGAUAAGUUUUGGCUGUACAUGACUACAUGA